AUGAUCUCAGAAUAUUCUUCAUUACUAGAAAAUGAUACAUGGGAAUUGGUUCCUCCCUGUGAUGAUCAAAACGUAGUCGGAUCGCGGUGGGUGCUAAAGGUAAAGCGGAAAGAAGAUGGAUCAAUUGAUCGUUUCAAAGCGAGAGUUGUAGCUCAAGGAUACUCCCAAACAAAAGGAGCGGAUUAUGACGAAGUAUUUUCCUCCGUGGCCAGACAUACAACUUUACGUACAUUACUGGCAUUAGCCAACGAAUAUGAUCUCGAAGUCCACCAAAUGGAUGUUCGAACUGCUUUUUUAAAUGGCGACAUUGAUUGCGACAUUUAUAUGGAACAACCGGAAGGUUUUGUUGAUCCAGACAAACCAGAUUAUCUUUGUAAGCUGCAGAAAAGUAUCUACGGUCUCAAACAGUCUGCACGCUGUUGGAAUGACACGCUCGAUGGAUACUUAAAGUCGAGAGGAUACAGAAAAAGUGGUGCAGAUGGUUGCAUUUAUGUUAAAUCGGUUAAAAAGGACGGUGGUCGAAUAAGUUUUGUGAUACUCGGAGUUUACAUGGACGAUAUAAUUCCAGUUUCCAACGAUAUCCAAAUGCUGAAUUCAGAGAAGAAAGCGCUCAGCGAAAGAUUUAAGAUGGAUGACAGAGGUGAAGUUCAUUACCUAUUGGGAAUGCUGAUUAAACGAGAUCGAAAAGCCAGAGUUACUACAAUCAGUCAGCGUAAUUACGUGGAACGAGUCCUAAGCAAAUUCGGAAUGGAAUCAUGUAAACCGGUUUCCACACCACUGGAACCUGGGACAAAGUUUUCAAAGUUGUCAAAUGAGGAUGAAAAAUUUGACACACAAACAUACCAGCAAGCGAUUGGAUGCCUAACCUAUCUUUCAGUGAUUUCAAGACCAGAUAUCUCAGCUGCAGUGGGAGCACUUUCACAAUUUAUGGCAAGACCUAGCAAAGAUCAUUGGAUCGGAGUGAAACGUGUAUUACGAUAUCUUAAAGGAACUUUAGAUUAUGGCCUGAAAUACUCAGCAGAUGAAAACCCUACACUAGUCGGUUAUUCAGACUCUGACUGGGCAGGAGAUAUUAAUACUCGUCGAUCAACAUCAGGUUAUGUAAGCAGAAUAUAUUGCCUUAAGUUUAGCCGCGCAAGAAGCGAUAUGGUUACAAAGACUGUUACUGUAUAUGAUGUUGGAUUUAAAAUCAGAAAACCGAUAACAAUCUUCGAAGACAACCAAGAAUUACAAUAG